GAGGUGUGCUGCGACGCUUUGGCUGUUGGGGGAUUGUUCGGAACGGUUGCCCCAGUCGGAGCUGCCCCGUCCUGCCGGCCAUCGAGCUGGCCAUGGCCGAGUUCCUGCCGCCGCCAGAGUGCCCUGUUUUCGAGCCCACCUGGGAAGAAUUCGCGGACCCUUUCGGCUUUAUCCACAAAAUCCGGCCCAUUGCCGAGCGGACCGGGAUCUGCAAGGUGCGGCCACCACCGGACUGGCAGCCUCCAUUUGCAUGUGAUGUUGAUAAACUUCAUUUUACUCCAAGAAUCCAAAGGCUGAAUGAAUUAGAGGCUCAGACUAGGGUGAAACUGAAUUUUCUGGACCAGAUAGCAAAGUUCUGGGAACUCCAGGGAUGUGCAUUGAAAAUUCCACAUGUGGAAAGAAAAAUUCUAGAUUUGUUCCAGCUUAACAGGCUAGUUGCAGAGGAAGGUGGAUUUGACUUGGUUUGCAAGGACAGAAAAUGGACUAAAAUAGCUACCAAGAUGGGAUUUGCUCCUGGCAAAGCAGUGGGAUCACAUAUACGUGCUCACUAUGAACGCAUUCUUUACCCUUACAACUUAUUCCAAUCUGGAGCUAGUCUUCUGGCACCAGACAUUUGUUCCAAACUGAUGUGUUUAGUGGAUGAUGCAGUUCUGGAAAAGUGUUUUCAGAAGCCAGAUAUUACCAGUGGCACAAAGGAAAAAGAAUAUAAACCCCAUGAUAUUCCUCAGAGACAAUCUGUUCAACCAUCUGAAACGUGCCCUCCUGCACGUCGUGCAAAACGCAUGAGAUCGGAGGCCACUAAUAUUAAAGCUGAGAUUGAGGAACCUACAGAGACCAAAACUCAUAAUUUGAGGCGCAGAAUGGGGAGCACUCCAAUAAAGCCUGACAAUGAUAAAGAAUCUCAAGCUAUAGUGAAAAAAGAAGUUGUUGAGAAAAAACAGUGGCUUUGGGAAACAGAUAGAGAAAAAUCCAAGGGACGUUCUAAGAAAAAUUUUAAUUCUGUGGAUUUGUAUGUAUGCCUAUUAUGUGGCAGUGGAAACGAUGAAGAUCGUCUGCUCCUAUGUGAUGGCUGUGAUGAUAGUUACCAUACUUUUUGCUUGAUACCACCUCUUCAUGAUGUUCCCAAGGGAGAUUGGAGAUGUCCCCAGUGUUUAGUUCAGGAAUGCAAUAAACCACAAGAAGCAUUUGGCUUUGAACAGGCAGCACGAGACUACACCCUUCGUACGUUUGGAGAAAUGGCAGAUGCCUUUAAGUCAGAUUAUUUUAAUAUGCCAGUGCACAUGGUCCCCACAGAAUUAGUGGAGAAAGAGUUUUGGCGCCUUGUAAGUACAAUUGAAGAGGAUGUGACAGUGGAAUAUGGUGCCGAUAUCGCCUCAAAAGAAUUUGGCAGUGGAUUUCCUGUAAGAGAUGGGAAAAUUAAACUCCGACCAGAAGAGGAGGAGUAUCUUGAUAGCGGAUGGAAUUUGAAUAAUAUGCCUGUGAUGGAACAGUCUGUACUUGCUCACAUCACUGCAGAUAUAUGUGGAAUGAAGUUGCCCUGGCUGUAUGUGGGGAUGUGCUUUUCAUCAUUUUGCUGGCAUAUUGAAGAUCACUGGAGUUACUCCAUUAACUAUUUGCACUGGGGGGAACCUAAAACAUGGUAUGGAGCCCCAGGAUAUGCAGCUGAACAAUUGGAAGAUGUCAUGAAGAAGCUGGCUCCCGAGCUGUUUGAAUCUCAACCAGACCUUUUGCAUCAGCUGGUUACAAUUAUGAAUCCCAACACACUAAUGUCUCAUGGUGUGCCUAUUUACCGAACUAAUCAGUGUGCUGGUGAAUUUGUGAUUACAUUUCCAAGAGCCUAUCAUAGUGGCUUUAACCAAGGUUUUAACUUUGCUGAAGCAGUUAAUUUCUGCACUGUUGACUGGUUGCCUUUGGGUCGUCAGUGUGUGGAGCACUACCGUUUAUUAAACCGCUAUUGUGUGUUUUCUCAUGAUGAGAUGAUAUGUCGAAUGGCAGCCAAAGCAGAAACUCUUGAUGUGGUGGUAGCUUCUACAGUUGAAAAAGAUAUGGCUAUUAUGAUCGAAGAUGAAAAGACUUUACGGGAGGCUGUGCAUAAGCUGGGUGUUACUGAAUCAAAAAGAAUGAAUUUAGAAGUGUUGCCCGAUGAUGAACGACAGUGCAUAAAAUGUAAAACCACUUGCUAUAUGUCUGCAGUCUACUGUAGUUGUAACCCUGACUUAUUGGCGUGCUUGUAUCAUGUGAAAGAACUCUGUACAUGUCCCAUAUAUCAAUAUAAAAUGGGGUAUCGAUAUACAGUGGAUGAACUGUAUCCAAUGAUGAAUGCACUUAAAUUGCGGGCAGAAUCUUACAAUGAAUGGGCUUCUAACGUCAGUGAAGCUUUAGAGGCAAAAGUUAAUAAUAAAAAAAGUCUCAUGAAUUUCAAAGCUUUAAUUGAAGAAUCAGAAAUAAGAAAGUUUCCAGACAAUGAUUUAUUGCGACAUCUCCGAUUAGUUACUCAGGAUGCAGAGAAAUGUGCCUCAGUUGCACAGCAACUUCUUAAUGGCAAGAGGCAAACAAGAUACCGGUCUGGUGGAGGAAAAUCUCAAAAUCAAUUGACCGUGAAUGAACUCCGCUUAUUUGUUAGACAACUGCAUGCUUUACCAUGUGUCCUUAGCCAAACAACACUACUGAAGGAUCUUCUUAAUCGUGUAGAAGACUUUCAGAAAUACAGUGAAAAACUUCUCUCUGAAGAAAUUCCCAGUGCUUCAAAACUACAAGAACUUUUAGAAGUCAGUUUUGACUUUGAUGUUGACCUCCCUCAGCUUGUGGAAUUAAGAAUACGCUUAGAACAAGCACGCUGGUUGGAAGAUGUACAAAAUGUUUGCUUGGACCACACUUCUCUUACUCUUGAUGAUAUGAGAAGACUCAUAGACUCUGGUGUUGGGCUAGCACCUCAUCCUGCAGUUGAGAAGGCAAUGGCCAGGCUCCAAGAACUCUUAACAGUGUCUGAACACUGGGAUGACAAGGCUAGAACUCUGAUAAAAGCCAGGCCAAGACAGUCAUUAAGCAGUCUUGAAGCAGCAGUGAAAGAAAUAGAUGUUAUCCCUGCUUAUCUUCCAAAUGGAAUAGCUCUGAAAGAUGCUGUAAAGAAGGCCAAAGACUGGCUACAGGAAGUGGAGAACCUGCAGGCUGGUGGGCGUGUGCCUGUGUUAGAUAUGCUUGCAGAACUUAUCACAAGAAGUCGCUCUAUUCCUGUUCAUCUGGACUAUCUGCCAAGGCUGGAGUCUUUAGUAGCUGAAGUUCAAGUUUGGAAAGAGUGUGCAAGCAAUACUUUCUUGACAGAGGACUCUUCCUAUUCUCUUUUGGAGGUGUUAUGUCCAAGAUGUGACAUUGGGACAUCAGGAUUUAAAAGAAAAACAAAGAAAACAAAAGAAUCAGUUCCAAAUGGGAAAAAAAAGAGCACCAAAAUUGAGAGUUUAUGUGAUUUAGAAAGAGCAUUAUCUGAGUGUAAGGAAACUGCAGCUGCGAUGGCCAUGCUUGGUGAAGCCCGUUUAAAAGAAAUGGAAGCACUGCAUUCUCUGAGAGCAAUAAAUGAAGAAAAAAUCUUUUCUGAUGAACAGAAUGUAGAGAUCAAAGUUUGCCUCUGUCAGAAAGAGCCGGCAGCACCAAUGAUACAGUGUGAGCUGUGCAGAGGAAUGUUCCAUACUAGCUGUGUUUCGGCGUCCAGCAAUUUGCAGGGACCUUGGGUAUGGCUUUGCCCUCACUGCCAUAGAUCUGAAAAGCCACCUUUAGAAAAGAUUCUACCUUUAAUGGCUUCUUUACAGCGAAUUCGGGUGAGACUGCCUGAGGGAGAUGCCUUACGGUAUAUGAUAGAGAGAACCGUGAACUGGCAACAUAGAGCACAACAAAUGUUAUCCUCAGGGAAUAUAAAACUUUUAGCAGACAAAGUGGACUCAGGGAUAUUGUACAGCAAAUGGCAAAACGUGGCAGGCCAAUUGCAGGAGACCAAUAAGGUUUCGCAGACAAUUUGUGCCACAUCUUUCUCAUUGCCUCAUGAGUGGAAUAACAGAUCAAUACAUUUACAUUCACCUUUUUCUACGGGACAAAAUUGUAUCCCCCUUCAUACCAUAAGUAGAGAAUUGAAUGAGCUAAUGAUGGAAGCCCAGUUACUACAAGUAUCACUACCGGAAAUACAAGAGCUAUAUGAGAUCUUAUUUGCAAAGGAAAAGUCAGUAGGACCAACAAAUGAAAAAGUAAGUACUGAACUCUUAGAAACUGCAGCAUUGCCUGGGCACAGUUUCUAGAGCAGUAGAUUUUUAAAAAAUAUUUUUUUUUUAAUCAAGAGCAUUUUCAGAAUGUUAAAAAUUGACACAAGCAUUGUAGACGUGGCUAAUCAGUGUAUACACAUCAGUGUAUCCAUGGUGAUUUUCCUGCUGUACCAGUUGUACAUUUCUAUUCUCAGCUCAUUCCUCAGCUUGACAUGGGUGCAGUGGGAUCCACAGAUGAAUCUUUAAGAAUAUGAGUAUUCUUAUGAAGAUUUAACAAAAUCAAUGCAGUCGCUGUUCUGAAUUUUCUCUUUUUAUCAUGCUUACCAACCACCAGGAAGACUCCACUAGACAUUCAUGUCACUCUUCUUUUAUAUCCCUCCUAAACAGCACCAUUGUGCUUCCUGACCUUCUGUCAAGAUGGCUAUAAUGAAGAGGGGCCAUCAAGUUUUCCUGUAGAAUUUAGAAGAUGCCAUCCAAUUUUUUCCUGUUCAGUGUAGGGAUUAAAAUUAAAGGAGCUUUCAUAAUAGCUAUCUAUUCUUUUUUGGAACAUAUCCAAUGAAGGAAACCUACAGCUUUUAAAUUUUAAAUCUCUGGAUAAUCUACUCUAUUUCUGAAAUUCUUCUUCUAUUAGGAAAUUUAUUCUAACAUUUAGUGGACUCCACUUUUGUAUAUAACUUAAAUCCAUUGUUCCGCAUCUUGAAUGUUAGAGAAUAGUUUUUGAUUACCUAUUUGGCCUUCCAUACUCUAUUUUCUAAUACCUGGGCAGCAAGCACUAUGACGGUAGAGGAGAAAUGGGAAGGGGUGGCUGGUGAUAUGAACAAGAUAGACCACUAUUAGGAGAUAUUGAAAAAAGUUAAAAUACCAUUUGUGGCCCCCAGAGCUUUCCACGAGACAUAAACUUUGCCUAUAGUGAAGGCACAUUUCUCGCCAAAAGAAGAUUGUAGGCUUUGAUACCAAUGCAAGAGUGGAAAUACUGGUUAAAAGGAGAAUCCAUGCUGACCAGAUAAUAUGCUAUCUCUUUCCCAAAUUUUUAAAAUUUUAUUAAUUUUUAUUCAAGCCUAGAUAAGCACUAAGAAAAAGACAUUCCAAAGCUAUACAGCAGGACAACAUACAGAUUAUUUUUAUAAUUAUCCAAAGUACAUUGCUACAAAUAUGCUUUUUAUAUUGUACAGAGAAUUGCUGCAUGAAAA